AUGGAGCGCUCGAGGACCAGCCGUCCGCUGCGUACGGCAAUAGCUGUGCUGCAAUACGAUGUGAUAGAAAUGAGCGGCGGGAGCGUCGGAAGCCAGGCGCUGCGUCGAAUCGGCAGCGGCACGAGCUUCCCGAGCCAUGGCGUCCCGUCGGGAGCAUCCUCCACCACCGUCGCCGCGUCGUCUUCCGCAAUCUCCGGAUUUCCUUCCGCUCCCUCGCUUACUCCCCCAUCGAUCUCCUCGCGCUCCGCCGUUUACUUUCCCCCGCACCGCACGCAGCUCCCCCCGCGCUACGCCUACGCUUCGUCCGCAUCCGCCGCGUCCGGCCGGCCGCGCAAGGCCCGCGCGAUACUCUGCUUCAUCCUUCUCGCAACCACCUUCGUCCUCCUCUUCUCCUCCGCGCUCUACGCGCCGUUCGCGCUCUCCCUCUCCUCCUCCCCGUCCUCCUCAUCCGCCCUGUCUGUCUCCAGCGGCCGCGCUUUGGGAACUAUUUCCCGCUCCUACUCCAUCAUAAUCGACGCGGGAAGCACCGGGUCGCGCGUCCACGUGUACUCGUACACGCGGCUCGCGGAUCCGUCCGCGCUUCCGCUCGUCGACCCGCACGCGCCGACUCUUAAGAUCCGCCCGGGGCUCUCGUCGUUCGCUGCGGACCCGACCGCAGCCGGCGGGUCGCUUGUGGGUCUUAUGGACUUCGCGAAAACCAAGGUCCCCCGCGCGCUGUGGUCCGCCACGCCCGUGCGCCUGAUGGCGACGGCGGGGCUGCGCCGCCUGCCCGCGAGCGGCGCGCGCAGGAUACUGCAGUCGUGCGCGGAGGUGCUGGGCGCGUCGGGAUUCGCGUUCGACCCGGACGAUGGCGCUACCGUCAUUGCAGGUGGGGGAGGAAGGGGGGGGAAGUCGGGGAACGGGUUGAUUCUUGAGGCCCCUCCAAAAUCGGAAGUGCUGGGGGCGUCGGGAUUCGCGUUCGACCCGGAGGAUGGCGCUAACGUCAUUGCAGCUGGAGGUGCAGUGGGCGUGGUGGGAUAA